UGAGGGAAAAAUCAGAACUGUGUCUAGGUGAAAAAAAAUAAGACAGGCAUGGACGACUGGAAUCAUGAGUUUGCUGGAAGAGUGACCACAGGAAAAAGAGAUUGGAUUUGCAGCUGGGGUGAGACAGGGUGACAGCAGCAGGAAAAUGACUCUUUAGGAGUAGGUUUGGCAUGAGUGAGAGAGGCAGGAUGAUCAUCUCAGAAACCCCAAAACAUGAGAUAAAACUACAAAUAGUUAGAACAUACAGAGCUUGCCCAAAAAGGCAGAUUUAUAUGGCUUAUAUGGAAAAGUGAUGGGAAUGGAAGCUGAGUUCUUAGAAGUUAUUAGACAUAAUGCUUUGUGUGUGGUCAGAGAGUGAAGUCAACCCAGGCAGUUUUAGAAGGGCAUAAGACAUGUAGUUGAUUUUGCUGUAAUUGUUGAAUAAAGUUUUAGCAUGUUUUGUGUGAUGUAUAAGGCACACAUGGCAUAAAAUUUAUUUGUUGUUUAUCCCAGACUCUUAUAAAUUGGGUGCCUGAAGUUUCAUCUGGUGACCAUAACAGGGAUUACAAUGAUAGAUGAUUACAGAGACUUGGAAAGCCACUUCUCAGGGGAAAUGGGAUAGGAGGCACAAUGGGUCAGCCUGGACCACCUGAGGCUCAUUCCUGGUGGCAGACGACUGAUGUCCAGAGACAGCUAGGGGUGUCUAGUAUUCCACUGUUUAGAAUAGAAGUAUGUAGUUUUAAUGUGUGCGAUCCCAGUUUUGAAAGUGAGCAAUUAAUGGAAGGAAAAACACCGUUGAUAGGAAAGCAAUCUUGUGGUACCACAGGACACAUGGGCCGGUGGUUUGCAACCUCUGAUCUAAUCUGUGGAAUGGGUGGGGCAGGUUUUACCCUCUCAACUAUGAAAUGAUGGUGACCUGCAAGGCUAUGGUAGGUAGUAUUCGGUUGAGGGAAGGAACAGCAGCAGAGGAUUAAAUUCCCCAUGCAAAAGCUAAGAUGUGGAGAUAGCUUCUGUUGUCAAACUGUGGUUUUCCUCCUGAGCAUCAGCUCCAAAACGCCACACAGUUCAUUCCCUGCAGCUAGAGAACAGCUAAUGUUCUCAAGGUGAAUCCAGUGCUGACUUGCUGAACCGGACCUCAGGCAGGCACUUCUCAACCUUCUCAGGCAGCACAGAAACGCCAAUUGGAAUUUCGAAGACUUUCGUCAGAAAUUUGUGGGCGGAAACUUCCUGGGGUUGCUGAGAGCUUUUUGAGGCUUCUCAGCUUCGGAUGCAAAGUGAGUGCCUGUCUCACAAAGAAGCAAAGAGAGAGGGUGUUUCCCUUGACUGUGGAAACUUCAUAAAGAGAACGCAGCACUUACCUUCUCUGGAACAGUCGGCUUCAGGAGUCCUGUUCUCCACACUUCAAGAGUCUCCGCAAGACUGUGAGAAGAAAACUCUUACGCUGAGCAGGGUGGCAUGCAGCAGCCUGGGGAUUACGCAUGCCCCCAAAUUUUUUGGGUGGACAACAAUGCCACUUCUCCUUGGGCUCCUCCAGGGUCAGUUUUUUCCUGUUCAUCCUCUGUGCCUGGAAGGCCAGACCAAAGGAGACCACCACCACCUCCACCACCAAUACCACCUCCAUCACAACCACCACCACCCCCACUGCUGCCAAUGCCCCCUCUAAAGAAGAGGAAGGACCACAGCAUAGAUCAAUGGCUACCGGUGGUAUUUUUCAUGGUUCUGGCGGCUUUGGUUGGAUUGGGGUUAGGAAUGUAUCAGCUCUUCCAUCUGCAGAAGGAGCUGGCAGAACUACGUGAGCUCACCAACCAAAGCCUUAAAGUAUCAUCUUCUGAAAAGCAAAUAUUCCACCCGAGUCAACCCUCUGAAAAACAAGAGCCAAGGUGUGUGGCCCAUUUAACAGGCAACCCCAGCUCAAGGUCUGUCCUUCUGGAGUGGGAAGACAUAUAUGGAACUGCUCUGAUCUCUGGAGUGAAGUAUAAGAAAGGUGGCCUUGUGAUCAAUGACUCUGGGCUGUACUUUGUAUAUUCCAAAGUAUACUUCCGGGAUCAUUCUUGCAACAAUCAGCCCCUAAGUCACAAGGUCUACAUGAGGAACUCUAAGUAUCUUGGGGAUAUGGUGCUAAUGGAGGAGAAGAAAUUGAACUACUGUGCUACUGGCCAGAUGUGGGCCCACAGCAGCUAUCUGGGGGCAGUAUUCAAUCUUACCAGUGCUGACCGUUUAUAUGUCAAUGUAUCUCGACUCUCUCUGAUUAAUUUUGAGGAAUCUAAGACCUUUUUCGGCUUAUAUAAGCUUUAAAAGAAAAAACACUUUAGAAUUAUUCAUUAUUCCCUUUUAUGGGUAUUGGGAAUAUUGUCUUCAGUGAGAGUCUUUUUAAGACCAAUUGAGAUUAAUUGAGACAACGUAAGCCACAAAGACCUCGUGAUCACAAGGUUCAGCCGGUCAACUUUCCUUCAUUUCCCAGAAGUCCAUGAAGUAGUCCUUAAUGCCUCCAUUGUGAGCCAGAUGGAAGGAGGACUGUGGCCGAGGAAAUAAAGCUUUGGGCUGCCAUGUGAUGAUGCAGAGGCACAGAGAAGGAGCUAUCUGAUGUCAAAUGGCCAAGAACAUUUUAGCCAUUGAAGAGGACACUUUUCAACUCACCUUUCAGGGUGGGUCUACUCGCUACCUCAGAAGAGGCCAUCUUUUAGACACAUAGUUAUGAUCUAAAUAUACAAGGGAUGAGAAAGAGGGCCAUGUUUGACUGAUAAGCUAGAGACUGGAAGAGGCCAAUGUCUCAUUGGCAGCAUCUUUACUUUUAACUGGUGUUUUCUGAGCCAACCUUUGAUGCUAACAGAGAACUAAGAGGGAUGUUUGAGGCACAAAUCAUUCCCUAUACAGCAUGUGUAUCUCCAGUGCAAUGGUGUCUGUGUGUUUGUAUGUAUGAGAGAGCAGACAGACAGAUUCUAGAGAAUCGUAUAAAUAGAACGUGUGCAUUAUGAAGUACAUAUUAGAAACAUAUGUGUUACAUUUGAUGGUAGAUAUCUGAAUGUUUCUUGGCAAUAAACUCUAAUAGUCUUCAAAAAUCUUUUAUUAUCAGCUUCUGAUGCUGUUUUCCUUUAAUAGAACUAGUAUUUAUAUAUUUUGUGCAUCUUAGUGAAGAAAAGACAAAUAAACAUUAUAUUGUAGAAUAUAGAAAAGUAUUAAGGUUACAGUAUUUGGAAAUCAGUGAGAUGUGAGAUGUGCUUGUUGUUUCUUUUCUCCAUGGUUUCUUCAUUCGUUAUGACUUUGGAGCAUUCUGAGAAAGAUUUGCAAGGUGCCUUUAUAAGGACUAGACUAAAAAUCAAACUUCUCCAAUGGAAUCUCAAAUAAAGCAUACUUCAGGGCAAAGCCCGGGAGUAGUUGGACAACAUCAAAUAAGAUCAAUGGUAUUUCUGUGGGCUUUUUUCUCCUUUUGCUUUGUUUGGGCAUUUUUGGUCUUAUUAGCCCUUUACUUGUUUAUUUUGAUGUCUAUUUUGGUGAGGUGACGUGUGUGUGUGUGUGUGUGUGUGUGUGUGUGUGUGUGCAUAAGAGUGAGAGUUGAUUUUAUAUUUGUUUGCUGGGUAGGUGAGAUGGCUCAGCAGGCAAAGGUACUUGCCUAGCAAAAACUAGUCUCCUGAGGUUAAUCCACAGAAACCAUGUAAGGUGGGAAGAAAAAACUGGUUCCACAAAGUUGUCUUCUGACCUCCACACAUGUGGUAUGACAUAUGUGCCUACACACAUAUCACACACACACACACACACCAUGUAUUUAUAAACACAUGCACAGCGAAAAUUAAGAUUUCUUGUUCUUUAAAUCUUUCCAUAAGAUCCAUGUAGAAAAAUAUAAUCAACUGUAAAAAUUACCUGUGUGAACAACAGAAAGGAAAAUAUCUUUAGAAGUAUGAAAGUAAAAGAAUACAAUUUUAUAUUAGCCAUAGUCUUUAAAUAUUAGUUUAUAUGGGUGGUCGUGGUGCACACUUUUAAUCCCAGCUCUCAGGAGGCAGAGGCAGGCAGAUCUCUGUGAGGUUGAGGCCAGCCUGGUCUACAAAGCUACACAGAGAAACUCUGUCUCAGAAAAAAAGAGCAAAACUUAGUUUAUAGUUGUUAUACACAUAAAAGCAACUGGUUCAUUUCAGACUCCUUAUAUAUGCUGGUUGAGAUACUGAAUAUAUUCUCUACCCAUUAUGUACAAAGUCUAGUAUGAUUAGCCAUGUUUUAAUUAGCAUUCAAAGUAAUGGGACUCACAACAUACUCAUACAUCCAUAUCAUGUAUUUUACUCAUAUUAAUUUCCAGCUACAUUCCCUUGUUCCUCUAUCUCCUUUCCUACUGGUCCCCUUUCCCUGUUUUCUUGUCAUGAAUAGGUACAUAUACUUAAGUCUAUGUUCUCAAUCUGAAAUAAAACACUGUACUUUCCAUUUGA